AUGUGCAGUAUGUGCAUAACGUCUGUAUUUCACAAUUCUGUAUACACUUGUGCAUACCCAAUCGGACAUCCGUUAACGCAUCUGUAUGCAGUGCCUUCUCAUCUGCCCUUUGAAUACGCUUUUGUAUUCACCAACGUUGGUGGCCAGGCUGUAGUCCUUAGCAUGCCGACUCUGCGCCGACGUGACUUGAUUCCAUUGCUCGACUCGAGCGAUGUAGUCGCUGUUGCUUCGGUAUUAUUGGCUGAGCCCGGUAGCUGUGGCAAUCUUUCCCCCCAGCAUGAUUCAACAAUUGCAGACCGUAUCGUACUAGCUCCAGGGCUAGGCUUUUACCAACUGGCACCUGGCCAGAAGUGGUUUGACAUCGUUUCCGAAACUUGA